UUUCCUGGAUCCCAUUCUCAUCCACGACGGAUGGACAGCAGCGGAAGAUGCACGCCUUAUUGAGGCCGUUGUGGCAUAUGGACGUACGUGGCGCGUGAUCAGUGAGAAAGAAUUUCCUCGGAGGUCGGUCACAGAUAUCAAAAAUAGAUAUAUGAUGGUCCAGCGCAAGCGAGCCGGUGGAAAAAUGGCCCCCUCACAGUUCGAGCCAGCUGACACCCUAGGCCUUGCCCCAGACAACAGCACCUCCGGCUCGGAUAUGACAUACGAGUCCGACUCGAACGGUGGAUUGAGUGGUGAUCUUCCCGCCGGCGCAUUUAGAGCUCCGGCUGCCGCUGACCCUCUGAAACGGGACUUCUCGUCGUUGGCGCCCUUUCUUGAUGGGGAGGAUAUAGAUAUCGAUAUGUCCCUGCUGCCCGAACUCAUAGAUUCCUUUCCCGGUCCAUUUGAUCCUCUCGACCCCCCCCAGUUGGGGAUCGCCAGUCCAGAAACCCCGCCUGAACUGACAGAUGCCACGUCUUCCUUGUUCCACGCGCAGGAUGAUUACUCAUGGCUGGAUGCUCUCUCACACAUCCCGGGCCACGAAUCGGUGGAUUUAUUGCAAGCCGCAUCUAGUGGGGGUGUUCCCACCGUAUUACCGGAUGCAGGACAGCCGGUGGAAGCACUUAAGUACAACCUUCUUCUAGAAGAUGUGCAGCCCGAGAUUCUCAGUCAUAUCAUGGAUAUCGUCCUCAAAUCGCAGAAACAAGUAAAGAUGAAGCUUAGUAGUGCGGAGUCUCUGGCCCAAUCGGUAUGAGCGCCCGGAGUGCCGGAAAGAGAGAAGCCGGGCCGGGGAAGCACCCCUCACGUAUAGACGGGUUGUUCUCCCGAGUCGCUCCGUGUGCUGAUUUCCCUCGAGAUGUUCCUGAUCAUUCAUGUACGCCCUAUGUCUGUCCGGGUUGGUCCCGGAGAUAGAGUUCUCAAUUCCAUCUAUUUGAUUCAUUCAAUCCUUCUUCACCUCGCUGUUGCGCAUCGGAAGAUAUCGGCCCCGACGAGCUGAAGGGCAUUUGAUCUCCAAGGCGUACACUAGGCCCAAACCCGUUAGCGUCUUCAGCAAGGCCGCCAUCCCAUCCGCUUGCUGUCGAUGCUGCUUCCCACUGCCCCGCUGAGG